GAUUGUGAAGUUAUUAAAAUUUUAAAAAAUAUAUUUUUAUUAAAACGAAAAUGCGUGUCCUGAUCGUGAUCGUCGCUAUCUGUGCUAUCGGCAUCUAUGCCGCUCCUCAACAUGGAUAUGACUACGCCAGCAGCAGCAACAGUGUAUUAUCAGCACGCGCUGGCAGCAACGGUAUCCUUCCAGUUGGCGGUGUUGGCGGUGGUGGUGGUGGUGGUGCUGGUGCUGUUGCCAACGGUCAAGGCAAUGCUCUAAACCAUGGCAGCGGGCGCGGUGGUGACAAAUAUUUGCCACCCGAAUCCGACCAACAAUCACCACUCAUCAAUAAACAAUUCUACACAAUCUCCGCACCCGAAGAUAACACACCGAAAGCAAAACAUUUAGUUUUGGGCAAACCGCAAAAGAACUACCGUGUGAUCUUCAUCAAGGCACCACAACCCGAUGACGUUAAGUAUUCGGCUGAAUUUGCACCACAAGAAGAGAAAACUGUUAUCUAUGUGCUGCACAAGAAGGGCGAAGAUGUCGAUGCGGCCAACAUUGCCACACCAGCGCCAACCGUGCCGAGCAAACCAGAGGUGUUCUUCAUCAAAUACAAGACACCUGAGGAGGCACAACAAGCCCAGAAAGAAAUUCAGGAUCAAUACGACCAACUGGGCGGAAACAAUCAAUUCGGCGAGGAUACGGCACCUA